AUGGUAAAUAAUAACGACGAGUUGACAGUGGCUCUGGUACUCUCUGUUGUGGUGAUGGCAGCGGCCAGGGCAGCCCCUCAGGGCUACGGCGUCCCAGGUAUUGGUGGGUCUGGAGGCUCUGGGGACCAAUAUUCCUCUGCCCCCGCCAACUACAAUUUCCAGUGGGACGUCAGCGACGCUGCUUCAGGCAAUGACUACGGCCACGGAGAACAAGCAAGCAACGGGAUCGUCCAGGGCAAGUACUACGUGAGACUGCCAGACACUCGUCUCCAGAAUGUGGAGUACACCGCUGAUGACUCCGGCUACCACCCCGUCGUCACCUACGAAGGCCAGGCCCAGUUUGGCGGCGGAGGUGGAUCUUCUGGUCAAGCCGGAGGCUACUACCCAUAGAAGCAGUGGAAAAAGACGGAUCUUCUGGUCAAGCCGGAAGCUGUCUACCCUUAGAAGCAGUGGAAAAAGACGUAUCUUCUGGUCAAGCCGGAGGCCCAGCUUCAUGAACCUCUAUAACCGUCUAAGCUCUUUAUCUGCAUUUAUAUUUCAGCUGUAG